AUGAUCGAAGAAAAAUAUCAAAAUCAUCAUAUCAUCAUUAUCAUGAUGAUAAUGAUUAUAAUUAUUAUGAUUAUAAUGAACAAAGAAAUCGUUCAGGUGAUAAUGAGCUUUAUAAUUUUGAUACUAAAAACAGAUUAUUAAACAUAUCAUUGGAAGCAUCAAGCCAACAAGAACAAAAAAUGGCAAUGAAACCAUUUUUAUUAGAUUUACCUAAAACAAUUGGAUCAAAUAAUAAUGGUUGUAUGGGUAGUAAUAGUGGUAGUAGCGGUGGUGGUGGUGGUCUUCAAGUACCUGAUGGUUCAACAGCACAUUCAACAUAUCUAAAUCUACCAUCACCAAAUAUUCAAUCAGAGAUUCAAGAUGUCAAUCCAGUAUUAAGAAAAUUAUCAGUUUUAAGUAAACAACCGGAAUUAAUAUUACAACAACAACAACAACAGCAAAAAAAACAACAAGAACAAUUACAAUCGGGCCAAUUACAUAAUCAUCAUAAUUAUAAAUAUUCAAAUCGUUCAAAUGAUAAUAGUCGUAAAAGUGGAAAUAGUCGGAAAUCAUGUGAUAAACAAAUUGAUGAUAAUGAUGAUUAUCUUUUAUAUAAUUAUGAUGAUCAAGAAUUAAUGGCACCAGAUGAACAACCAUCAGUUGAAGAACUACAACGUAGACGUCGUCGUCGUGCACUUGUACCACCAAAAUUAAUAACCGAUGGUCCAUCAAUUGAUGAUGAUGAUGCAGGAUCGGAUAAAUCUAUUACUACUUCAAUAACAAAUGAUAAUGAUAAUAAUGAUUUUGGACAACAAUUAUCACCAAUCAAUAAUCAAUCAUCAUUUAUUGAUAAUUCAAUAUCGAAUAAAAGCAAACAAUCACAAAGAAAUUCAUUGCCUAGUUUUAAUGUUGAAAUUACCGGUUGUAGUAAUCAAUCAUCAAUAGGUAUUGAACAAACAUCUGAUGUAUCAAUAUCGGAUCAUCAUUCUAGUGGUGGUGGUGAUAAUGUUCAUGAUGAUGAUAAUAAAUGUAAAUCAAUAUCACCAGAAAUUAGAGAUCAUUAUUAUGAUGAUGGUCGUAAAUCACCACGUAGUGAUGAUCAUUCAUCACCACCAAGUUCAAGUUCAAGUAAUUUGCUUGGUGUUAAUUUAAAUAGCCCUUCAAAUAAUAAAAAUAAUCGCCGUCGUUCAUCGGUUGUUGUUAUACCACCAAUGCAAAUUUGUCCUGGUGAUUUACUUGUCUAUAGUAAAGUAUUAACACAACGUGCCAAUUUAAUUGCUGAAUGUGGUGGUGGUGGUUUUGCAUCGAGCUUAUUAACCGAUCAUGAUAAUCGUAAAUCACAUAAAAAUACUUGGUCAUUAUUACGGUUGUGUGUUCAGUUUGACAGGUCAGGUAGCCGUUCAAAAGCUGAUCAAAUUCUUUGUGGCCUUGAAGAAUUUCUUUCAAAUUUGGCACCAUCAAAUUCAUUUUUUGAUGAAUCAAUGUUACGUUAUCGGGGUAUAUCAUGGUAUGAAUUUCAAUCAAGAUUGGAAAAACGACGUAUAUCAAAUGAUUGUUCAUCAACAACAUCAUCAUCGGCCAUUUCGUUAAUCAAUGCUUUAUCAUUAGGACAAACAACAAAUCAACCAAAUCAACAAUAUCAUUCAAGAUUUAUUGAUAAUUCAAGAUUUAGUUCAUUACAAUCAAAUACAUUGGAUACAAUAGCUGUAAAUUGUCCAUUAUGUCAUCGAACACAGACUAUUAUGAUUCCGGCAAUUCCACAACCAGUCGUUCCACCAUCACAGCCACCUCCACCACCAACAACAACAGGAUUAUUAACAACAAAUAUGCCAAAAGCAGCAUCAUAUAGUGUUGAUCGUUUAUUAAUACAACCGAAUGAUACAAAUUUAAUUAAUGGAACAGAAAAUCAAACAAAAUAUGAAGUACAAAGUGCCAAAUAUUAUCAACGAACUGAUUCAGUUUCAACUGAACAAGAAGUAGAAAGUAUUGUUGAUUUUGAAAUUGCUGAUAAUCCAACAACAACAGCCGUCGUUGAUCAACAGCAUCAACAACAAAAUUUAGAACCACUACAGCCAUCUAGCAAUAGUAAAACACAACAGCCAAUAAAUUCAGGAUUCACUAUGAACAGUAAUGAUAUUUAUGGACCAGGUCCAGCACCUGAACCAUCACAAUUUUGUCGUGAUUGUUUUCAACAAUUUAAACGUGAAAAACGUCGUCGUGAAGCAUUAUGGGAAUUAUUUCAAAGUGAAUUAUUAUUUUUAGUUGAUCAUUUAAUGGUAUUGAAAAAUGUUUUUAUGGAACCAUUGAAAAAUAUACAGGUUGAAGGUUAUGCAAUGUUUGCCGAACCAGAAGUAUUAUUUGGUAAUCUUGAUGAAUUAUGUUUAGUAACAUAUGCAUUUUGUAAAGAAUUUUUAUCAUUAUUAAUACAACAAGAAUCAUCCGGUGAUGGUAUACAGGUGACAAAUAUAUUAAAUAAAUUAUAUUUAAAAAAUAAUCGUAUUGCAUCAUCAACACAAGCAUAUCAUCGUUAUACAUUAAAUUAUAUAAAUGCAUUACAAUAUUUAGAAACAUUACGAAGACAUUUAGAAUUUAUUGAAUUUGAAAAAUGGUGUAAUCGUGAUCCAAGAUGUAAAAAAUUACAAUUAACAGAUUUAUUAGUAACACCUGUACAACAUGUAAUGCGUAUACCAUUAUUAUUAAAAGAAAUUGAAAGUAAAACAUAUCAAUCGGAUGAAAAACGUAUUAUACAAUCAAUUAUUGAACAACAAGAACAUAGUUUACGUGAAUUAGAUGAUAAAAUGCGUUGGUUAAAAAAUUUUGAACGUUUAUUAGAAAUACAACGUAAUAUAUUAUGGCCAUCAGUACUUGAUAUGGAUCCAAAAGUUUUUGUACCAGAAUUUUUAAAAAGUUUUCUACAAAAACAACCAUGUGAACGAUUAAUUGUUAGUCCACGACGACAAAUAAUAUUGGAAGGACCAUUAAUGAUAAUGGAUAGUGGUAAAUCAAUUGAAAUGUAUGUCUUCCUAUUCGAUGAUUUAUUAUUGAUAACAAGACGAAAAAAAGGUCUUGGUAAAAAGCAAUCAACCUUGACCGAUCGUUGGGUAACUAAUUGUAGUGGACGUUCAUCAAGUUAUAGUUCAGUAGUAGGUGGAUCAGUUGGUGCUAGUAAUGUAGUAAAUCCAUCUGCAUCGAUUGCUGUUGCAACAACAAUGAUUACCGGUGCUGUUACAAAUACAAAUAUUAAUAAUGUUAUAACAAAUGUUCCUGGUACUGGUUCUAUAUCGACAGCAGCAGCAGCAGCCAUUGCAGGUGCAGGAACUAUUGUAACAUCUGCUGCUGCUGCGGCUGCUGUUACAUCAGGUCAUCAUUUUACAUCUGGUAGUUUACCUGGUGGUAGUCAUCAUGUAAUAACAACAACAACAGCAAGCGCUGGUUCAAUAACACAAACCGGUAUUAAUUUAAUGUCAUUACAUGGUGAACCACAUCAUGGUCCAUUAACUGGUGGCGGCGGAAGUAUUAGUGGUGGUGGUGGUGGUGGCGGUGGAAGUAGUAAUAAUGCUGCAUGUUUUAAAUAUGUUGUCUAUAAACAACCAUUAUCAUUGGAUCGUUUUUAUAUACAUGAUGUACCUGGAUCAGAUGGAAGUGGAAGUGGUAGCGGUAGUGGUGGUGGUUCCGGUAGCGGAAGCUCUAGUAGUAAUAAUAGUGGUCUAAAAAAUGCAUUCGUUUUGGUUUGUUUGAAUCGUUUUCAACAGGUUAUUACUGUACAUACAUUUCAAGCAUCAAGUGAAUCAGCUAAACAUACAUGGUUAUCAAAAUUACGUAGUACAUGUGAUCGUUGGAAACGUACAUUACAAAGUAAUCAGGUAUUUCGUUCACAAAAACAAUCAAAUACAAGCGGAAAAAAUGAUACGACAGCUGAAUCACAAAAAUCUUCAUCACAGCGUCGACAACAACAACAACAACCAAAAAAUGAUUCUGAACCAUCGAUUAGUUAUCAGAUUGAUGAUAGUCAAUUAACGGCAACAACAUUUACCUAG